AUGCAUCCUGCGGCCUGCAUCGGGCCUUUUCUUCCCGGCGCCUUUCGCAGAUCCUUCUCCUCCUCGAAUCCCUCCACGCCCAUCAUUUCUGCGAACCUGCGUCUGCUUCUCCGUCUCACACUUCACCCGCCGACUACCUCCCAGCGUCCUCAAUACUCAUACAACGAUCGCCUCUCGAGCUUCAGACCAUACCUACGGAUACAUGCGCCCACUUUUCCCGUCCUGAUUGCCUGCCUGCGCGUCGAUACAGUCACUGGCGCACGUCUCGACGACUUUGCGCAUCGCAAGUCACCUCACGGCGCAUUGACCAUGCUGCUCCCAUCCGCAUUCUCGUGCGAUGGCGGCCUGCAGCCCCAAUUGAGACUCCAAAGACCGAAGCUCCAGUCUUUCGGCGCAUACGAACCCCAAUUCUCUGCAAAUGCGCGCCCGAGUCCGCUAUCCUCGAGUUGCCGCGCUCUACAGGCCAUUCUAGGAGCUCCUAGCGCAAUCCAUAAUACACGACCGACUCAGUCGCAGGACUUAGGAAAUCCCUUUGCGUCCGCUGAAGAGACCAUACCUCCCAAAGAAGCACAGACACCACCCAGACGCGCGAAUAAGCGACGGCGCAGUGAAUUCGAAGAGGACAUGAAUUCUGUAUCAUCUACAGAUGUACUCAUGGAAGAUUGUCAGCGCACAACUCAACCGGUUCGAACUCCAAAAAGGCGACGAAAAGUCCCUUUGUCUAUACCGAUGGGUCUCUCAGCAGAUGACUUCCGUGCGCUAGAGACACCUGCCGACGAGGAGGAGCUCGACAUACCCGUAAUCAGCCCUCACAACCACAUACCCUCAGACCAAGACUCGGCUUACGGGUCAUCCCCAUGCGUGGACGACGCAGAGUGGACCGAAGACGAUGACCGCAUGUUGGUGGAGACAGUGCUUGAAAAGCUGAAGCUGUCAAAGCGCGAUUGGAAUGACUGCGCAAGGAAACUGGGCAAGGACAGGGAUAGCCUUGGAAAAAGGUGGAGCCUGCUAGUUGGAGAGGGCAAUGUUGGCUUGAGAAGAGGCGGCAGGAUCUCAAGAACGAACUUGGACAUUUCGAGUUGGUGA